CGGUUGCUGUGGAGCAGACGGGCGCGGAAAUUCCUGCGGGCUUCCGGAAACUUUAUUGCAACUCGGAGCAGAGGGAGAGGGGAAGAGCGCUGAAACACAACAAAUACCGGGGCGAAGGACCUCAAACACACCGGGAACUGAACAGCGACACCGGACAGCCACGCCACCCUGGAGAGAGUAGCAGAAGAAGGCGACAGACGAGCUCGAGUGAACUAGGAGCUGCCAUGGAGGAGAGUAUCCGCUUGGUGUCGUCGGGGGAGGAUAUAAAGAUCUGGAACUCAUCGUCGAUGACAGUAGUGGAUCAGUUCAACCCCCAUGCCUCCACUCACCCUGUCUCCAGAGUCUGCUGGAGCACCAACAAUCAUUUCCUGGUCAGUGCCUGUUCUAGUGGGGAUAAAAUUGUGGUAUCAAGCUGCAAGUCCUCCCCAGUCCCUGUUCUGGACCUUGCUGAAGGGAAAAGACAGACCUGUGUCAAUUUAAAUUCCACGUCCCAGUUCAUUGUGAGCGGUGGCCUUGACAACACCGUCAACAUCUGGGAUCUGAAAUCUAAGAAGCUGCACCGUUCCCUCAAGGAUCACAAGGAUGUAGUUACCUGUGUGUCCUUCAAUGGAAACGAUAGCUACAUUGCUUCUGGGUCAACAAGUGGUGAAAUUAUAUUGCACAGCAUUACCACCAACCUGUCCAGCACUCCUUUUGGUCAUGGGAGCACACAGCCUAUCCAGGAUUUGAAAUACUCGUCUGUGAAGAAGUCCCUGAUGGGCAGUGUGUCUGACAGUGGCACAGUGGUUCUGUGGGACGCCAACACUCAGAAACCCCAGCACACCUUUGAAAGCGCUCACAAGGCUCCUGCCUGCGGGCUGUGCUUCUCUCCCGCUAACGAGCUGCUGUUUGUCACCGUGGGGUUGGAUAAGAGGAUCAUCUGCUAUGACACUUCCAGCAAGAAGGUCCUGCGAGGCAUGGUGGCAGAGUCCCCCCUCACUGCGAUAGACUUCAUGCCAGACGGAGCGGUCCUGGCGGUGGGCUCGUCCCGAGGGAAGAUCUACCUGUAUGAUCUCAGGAUGCUAACGUCUCCAGUGAAGACUGUGUCCGCCCACAAGACGUCUGUGCAGUGCCUAAAAUUCCAGCACUCCCCCUCCCAGACCAAGUCAUGUAGCAAAACUUCUGCAAGCAAGUCCUCCACUGCUCUGUCUGCCAGCACCUAUAAGAGAGCUACAGUCCAGAGCAGCACAAGAGAGGCUCUCCAGAAACCAGCAGCACCAGCAGCCCAGCACACAUCCGGUACACCGGCAUCUGGGGAGAGAGGAGACGGGAGGCAACAUAACUCAGAAAUGCCUCGCAGCACCAGCCUGGAUGUCUUCCCAUCAAAAGAGACAGACAGUCUGAAGAGCAUUAACCGCUUUCCCAGCUUGGAAAAAUUCGACACCGUGGGGAGAAACAGCCUGAGUGACGUGCUCUCUCCAGUGCGAGACGAUUACACCACACAGAAAGGAAGCGGAGACUGCUCGAAAGGAGAUGGGCUGGAUUUCCUCUCCCAGUUCACCAGCGGACUGCCUGCCCGCAGAGCUCCUCUGGGGACUUCCGCGGUGCAAACCAGCCCUUUCAACAUGUUCGGGGACUCCCCGCAGCCAGUUCGAGAGGAGGAGGAGGAACCCAAACGAAGCCAGGCACAGCUGGGACUCCAGGACACCAAGACGAUUUCAAGCAGCUCCACCACUGAGCCAGUGAGCAUGAACACUCCAGGGAUGCUGGCCAGCUUUAAAUCUCCAGACAUGAGGGAGAAGGAUGUCCAGUACGAAUCUCCAGUGAACGGAGCGCUGCCUUCUGUACCAAAUUUGAGCCCAAGCCCGGGAGUUUCUGCUGCUGGAGUGGCUUCCUCGUUGUCGGAGAGGAUUGCCGAUACCAUCGGCAGUGACAGCAGCAGUGCGCCGCUGACCUCCAUUCAGAUCCACUUCAUCAGGAACAUGAUCCAGGAGACGCUGGAAGACUUCAGAGAAUCCUGUCACAGGGAUAUUGUGAACCUGCAGGUGGAGAUGAUCAGGCAGUUCUACAUACAGCUGAAUGAAAUCCACUCUCUGAUUGAAAGGUACUCCGUUACCGAUGUGCUUGUGGCAGAAAUUGAAAAGCUGAAAGAGGAAAACAAAAAACUCAGGACCAGUUUCUGAAAGCUGCCCCUCUGUGCCGACAGGACUGUGCUUGUCCCAUGGAGGAUAUUUCUAUGUGAACAGACAUGCAUGUUUUCAGAGGCCCUGCCUAGUGCUGGGGUGGGGUGAGUGAAGAGAUUGAUGAGCUUCUUUAUAAAGGAGCGCUUCCUCUGUGAAGGGAGCUGACUGCUCCCACGAGAGAGCUCUCCUCUGUGGUAAAACAAAUGGUGCCUUGAUAUAUUGUAACGUAUCAUUCAGUUUAGGAAUCUGUCCUUUAACAGAGUGAGCUUUGUCAUGUUCCUGAAGCUUCAGAAGACUCUCGGUGCUAUUACCUGUGUUUGGGUAGAGUCCCCAGUCUGCAGGAAGCUAUGCAGAUGAUAUUAAUCAGUACUCCUCUCUACCUCUUUGUAACGAGAGUUCCAGCAGUAACACUUCCCUCCUAUACCUCACUCUAAUGCAUUAGUCAAACAUACCUUCUGAUUUGUAAACAGAUGUUUAUACCAAUUUCCACGGACUCAACAGUCCUGUUAACCUGUUCAGCGUGUCCUUUAUAAAGUUGUGAUUCUACAGAUGUGUUUACUGGUGUCCUGACUCAUCUGCAGAUGUCACAUGGCUACUAGUCUUCAUUAUUUGGUAACCCAUUUGGUAAUUAAGACACAUGUGGCUUCCUUUUGGUCAAAGAACUCAAUGGAGCGAUUUGCCCCCCCCCAAUUUUUUAUAAAUAUGAACCUCCCCAGUAAAUAUUAGUCUUUGGGUCGGCAGUGGAUAGGCCUGUAAAAAACACGGGCUGUUUGCAGACCAAUAUCCACUUCAUUGGUCAGGGGGUAGAAUAAGUAUAAUUUGUCUAUUUAAACAAAUACAUCUGAUCAUUGCUUAUGAAAAUCAAAAUUGCUUUAUUUGUUUUGACUCAACUGAAAAGCUUGCCAUACAACUAACACUAAAAUGAAAGCAAUAAAUACCAGAUCCUGACUGCUUGAUAUUCAGGGGGAGGGUUAUUAAGUGCUGCUGCUGCUGCUGUGCUCAGAAGCUGUCUUGAGGUUCCCAUGCAUUCAGUAGAUACCCCUCCAUACCCUGGCCUGGAGCAUGUUUCUUCAUGGGCCAGUAAAGCUGUCUGGGGAAGUUUUUAAAUGUAUUCAUCAGUGGAAACUUUCUGAUUCACUACCAGGCUAACCGGAGAGAUACAGAUUAAAACAACAUAUUUCUUAACAUUAGAAGCUGUGUUGAGCACUGAAAGUAUUAAGCGCUCUGAAAGUUCAUUGCACUUGCAUGCUACAGUUUUAAACCUGGGUGUGUAGAGAACACGCAAUGGAGUGGAGUCUCUGUCAUUUCAUCAGCUUUGCUGCAGCUUUCUUUUGUAUUUCAAACCAGAAAUGCCUUGGCUUGUAGAAUCAGCACAACUCGUAAAUGUUUACUACAUUUGUACCUUCUGUAUAGAUUUGUAAAGAAUAAAAAGUGAGCUCUG